AAAUUGAAACAGUCAAUUAUGGAAGUUUCGUAUUUUCAUUAUUUAAAUUAAUACUUUUUAUAAAUAGUGAAUACACAACCGACGAUUCAACUUGCCUGCACAUUAUAAGCACUUAAUUUUAUUUUUAGAAGUAUCAUUCUCAGGACAAUUGUGAAUUAGGCUUCAAGGAUAAAAUUGAUUCUAGUCAACAAUGGUAGGGACCAAGAUUCGAGAUGAAGAUAGGAAAAAUAUCCACUCUAAAUAUAUAUGUACUUACUGUGAUGAUCUUCUUGUCAAUCCAAUACAAACAUCUUGUGAACAUUCAUUUUGUCAAUCUUGUAUCGAGAUUCUUCUUGGACGUCCUAAUCCAAAAUGUACUGAAGAUGAAGAACAUUUGAACAGAAACAAUAUAUUUCCAAAUGAUGACAUAAAGCAGGAGUUGAAUUGUAUUGUUUUACAUUGUCCCAAUGAAAAGUGCAAAUGGCUUGGCCCCUAUCAAGAAUUGAAGGGUCACAUAGGAAGUACAUGCGAAUAUGCCCCCGUGGUCUGUGCAUAUUGCAAAGAUAGAAUUCGAAGAAAGGAUAUUGAAGACCACCUGAACAAGUUUUGCCGCAAAAUUCACGUGAGAAUAUUUAGACUAAUUUAUGAAAAGUUCAACCUCAACUAUCGAUCUGGCAACGUUAUAGGAAGGUUAAAAAUGAAAUGGGAUAAUAAUAAAAAAAGUACUGUUAUCUAUCUUGUUUGCUUUUAGCAUUAGUUUGUUACCUGGGUGAUAUCUUUUCUUUUUAUUUUUUUAAAACAAAAAAUGAUAAUUGUUGAGUAUAGAUAUGAUGUAAUGGUACGUGUAAGAUAUGAAAUUGUUAAAAGUUACUAACUUACAA